AUGAAGGGUUUGCUUGUGGCUUUGCUUUGGGCUGUGUCGGCACUUGCCUUACCCGAUGAGUGUUUGGAGGAACUCAAAUUCGGUAAUUGCACAGAACCAAACCCAAGGAAGACUAGGUACGGUUAUAAUAAAUUUACCGGCGGGUGCAUUGCAUACACAGAAAGCGAGUGUGGCCCAACGCGUAACAAAUUCGAGACCAGAGAACAGUGCGAGCAAAAGUGCGCACCAGAUCGCUGCUCAAAACCUCUAGAAAAAGGACCAUGUGCGGGUAACUUAAAACGUUAUGGGUACGAUACCGUCACUAAGAAGUGCAGAGAAUUUACUUACUCCGGCUGCGGUGGAAAUAAUAACAUGUUCGAGACUAUCGAGGAAUGUCGCGAAGUGUGUAACGAUUCCUUCGUAGAAGACAUCUGCGCACUUCCCAUAACAGCUGGUCCCUGCAGAGCGCAGAUAACGCGUUAUGCUUACGACGGUGAACAAAAGAAAUGUGUUGCAUUCAAUUACGGAGGCUGCAGGGGAAACGAGAAUAAUUUUCAAACUUUGGCUAGCUGUAUAUCAAGAUGUAUGCGUCAAGGUGCUGAACCAACUACACCGGAAACUGGAGAUCGGUGCUCACUGCCCAUAGAUGCUGGUCCAUGUCUCGCCAUGAUACCUCGUUAUGCUUAUAUGAGCCGCUUGGGAAAAUGUGUAGCUUUUACGUAUGGAGGAUGCCAAGGAAACGCCAACAAUUUUGAAACUCAGCAAGAUUGUGAAGACUCAUGUCAAAAUCCAACAUCAAGUUCGAAGCCAGAAGAUGUUUGUUCUUUGCCUGUACUGUCCGGUCCAUGCCGUGCUAGGCUGUUACGCUUCACAUACGACAAAACAACAAAAUCUUGUGUGGCAUUUUACUAUGGCGGAUGUGGAGGAAAUGCAAACAACUUUGAAACUUUGAAAGAUUGCAAAGCUACCUGUCAGAAACCCGAUGCAAGUGUCUGUACUCAACCAAUUAACGUCGGCCCCUGUGAUUCACUAAUACAGCGCUACGCUUACGAUCUAACGAAGCGGUCAUGUGUUCCAUUCUACUAUGGAGGAUGCCAAGGAAAUGGAAACAAUUUUGAAACUAGGGAUGUUUGCGCGUCAACAUGCGAAAAGCAAACAAUUAGCGUCAAUGCGAAAGAUACUUGUUCGCAACCGAUUGACCUUGGCUCAUGCGGCGCACAAAUACCUAGAUACGCUUACGACAGCACAGCUCAAAAGUGUGUUCCUUUCUUCUAUGGUGGCUGCCAAGGGAACACCAACAACUUUGCAAGCAAGGGAGAAUGUGUGUCAAUGUGUAGUACUUCAGCGAAUCCGGAACCUACAGAAGACGUGUGCCAACAAGACAUCGAUAGAGGCGCAUGCACUCUAAACAUGGAACGUUACGCAUACGACAAAAAUAAAAAACAGUGCUUGGCGUUUACUUACGGCGGCUGCAAAGGAAAUGAGAACAACUUUGCUACCAUGGAAGAGUGUACGGCGAAAUGUGUACCACAGUCAACAGGAAAAGACAUCUGCUCACAGCCCAUAGAACCAGGUCCAUGCCGAGGCUCAUACAGACGCUAUGCUUAUGACGCAACGUCGGGAAAAUGCAUAUUGUUCGCUUAUGGUGGAUGUCAAGGAAAUGACAACAACUUUUUGAGGAAAAAUGAAUGCGAGCAGAUGUGCUUGGGAGGAGAAGGAUCUGAAGAUCCAUGCAAGCUUCCUCUCAAAGCCGGAAACUGUUCUAAUUUCCAAUAUCGUUGGGGAUACCGAGAUGGCUAUUGCGUUCAGUUCCUCUACAGCGGUUGUAAUGGAAAUGCUAAUAAUUUUGAGGCUCUCAACGACUGUAUCAACACUUGCGGGACAUACUUGCAGUACUAUUGAAGGAGCCAUCUAUUACAGUUUUUCAAUAAACACCUUAUAUUUGCUUCUGAUCUUUC